AUGAUUCAGAAAGUUGCAGAAGUAUAUAUAAAAUAAUUAUUAAGUUUAGGAAGAUCCUUAUUUCACAGGGUAAAAAAUAUAUAGAUUAUCAUAUGCAUUAAUAAGGAAUUGCAGUUAUCUUACUGUUAAAAUUCUUUAUAUAACACUCUUUCUAAUAACAUAUCUUGAAAAAUCGAAUGGAUAUUAACAUUGA